AUGCCAAAACAUCCAAAACUGAAUAAAUUUGUACACGAAAAAUCAUUCAAGAGUUUGGCUGAGUCAGUUGAAUUUCACGAAGAAGCUUUAAAUAACGGUAGAUACAUCAAAGGGUUCUUUACCAGUGAUGAUAUGACCUUAAAAGCAGCUCAUGAAAUUUUAGCUGGAAAUCCUUAUGAAACGUUUUUAACUGAUUUGUUACUUAAACCUCCUUCACAAUCCAUUCGUGAACAGCGAUCACGUGAGAUUACAUUGUGUGCUAUUGAAAAUUUUCCAGAAUAUCUUCCUGAAUAUAAUAAGUAUAAAAAUGAAAUAUCAUUGGUUUCAGUAGGUGGACCAGCAGCACUGGAUACUUCCCUAAUUGCCAGCAUUAAUAGCAAUAUGAAGAAGAUGCAACAGAAUAUCUAUAUAUCUGGUCCCUUUUCUGAAAGUAAUCUGGCUUACUCUGCAUUGCAACUUCAUGUACGACAUGGAACAGCUUUAAAUGCAGACCGACAUUUAACAGGACACGCAUUAAUGUGGCCAUUUUUAGUGCGCAGUGUCAUGGGUUGUCCGAUAGAAGAAGCAUUGCACCCUGAUUUUCGAAAAAUCGAUAUGAAAUUUUCUAGUAUUACUCCAGAGAAAUUGAAUAUUUAUCUUCGAAAUGAGUUCAAUUGGUUGUGGCAAGCUGUACGCUAUCGAUUCGGUCUUAUGACUGAACACGAUCUUAAUCGUCUGGAGUCAGCACUUUCACAAGAUUUACUUCAUCGAAUUGAACAUGUUAUCGGAGUGAAUCUCAGUAGUAAUGCUAACAGAGACCCAAAGCAAUCUAUUUCCAUUCAUGUGGACUUGACUCAAGAGGGAAGCGAAGCAACACGCGCUGAAAAUCGACUAAUGAAAGAAACUGUUGGAAUCGAAUCUGAACCCCUUGAUGAUCAUGAUAAGAGUUUUUUUUUUGGUGAACAAAAGAAAAAUGUUGUUCAAGCAACUCGAUACCCAACUGAUGGCAAUUUAUUUCUCGAAGCUCAAUGUAUUGAAGAGAACAUUAUUAUGAACAAUGGUGGUCAAUGUUUAAAACAACAUAUAUCGCGCAUUCUUUUCGCUGAAGAUAAAAGUCUUUCUGGCAAAGCUCGCCUAGCUGGAAUAGUCACAGAAAGUGGCCAGUUCAUUUAUGCCUCUCAUUUGCAUUUAAGCCCAGGUUAUAAAGCUAAAUUCAAGUUUGGUACAGCAAAAAAGAGUACAUUCUAUCGAAAUCUGACUAAUAAGUUAAAAAAUCAAUUUAAUAUAGACCCUCCGGUCCCAGGACAUCAUCUUACUGUUGCGACUGGUACUUCGAUAAAUGCAAUAAUGCGGAAUGAUUCUCAUUUGAAAAGAAUCAUUGCUACUUACGGAACUACGCCUCAAUAUGCAGUAACAAACAGCCAUUGGACCAUGUUGGCUAAAAACGAAAACUAUAUCUUGAUGCGUAUUACAGGUGGUGGUACGACUGGUGAAGAAAACUAUAAUCCUGCUUAUUUUCUUAAUCUGAUAGCUAAUACUGAACGUCUUUUUGGUCCGGAAGCUCUUGUUGGUAUACUGUCUACCUAUGGAUGUCCGCGUAGUAUAAAUGCUCGCAAUUCUACAGAGUUUUUCAAAGCAAACAAUGUAUUGAUAUCGUAUGGUAAAGGUGGCACAGGAAAUACUAAACGGCAUGCUGAAGCAGUAAUUGCACUACUCGAAUUAGGUUUUGACCAAACUGUAACUGAUCUUUUCGAACACUGCUCAACUUAUGACGGAAAGUCAAUGACACAAGUGAUCAAAUACAUUCACGAAAAAUCCAAAGAUAUGCGCUUUAUCUAUAGUGGGGACGCUCACAUCAAUCGUCGUUUAGGAUACGACGGCAGGCUAACCAACGGCGAAAAUUUAUCUUUGUUAUGCUUUAUUAUUUUGCUAUUUGGAUUAUUUAGAUCUAUGCUGAGUGCUUGA